AUGUCCAAAGAAGGAAACUACACCGCUGCAACUAGUGACAUAGAGGAUGAUGAAAUAAUAUUGAACCUAGAGAAGUAUCCUCACCCAGGAAUACGUAAGUCAGUCUAUGUCAUAGACGAUCGUCAAUUAUUUGCUUGUGAGUGCCAGUAUUUUUUUUCCUUUGACAUACCUUGUCAGCAUAUUUUUACAGCAAUUAAGCAUCUGCGUAUCACAAAAAUUCCUAAAUCACUAAUCCUUACACAAUGGACAAUUGAGGCUACACAACUUCCUAAUGUGCAAAACGAUUCCUACGCAAUAUAUGAAGACAGAGAUGCAGAGGAGAGAGCAAGGUUUGGUGACAUUACUAGCAAAAUGACUGAGCUCACUUACCUGGGGUCAAGGACUCAUUAUGCAUACGAAAAAACAACCUAUGAGAUUGAUAAAAUUUGCGCAGAAUUACGAAACAACCUCCAAAUUAGGGAAGAUAGCUGCAAGGACAAGCUUCCUUUACACCAUCACUCAGACUUCAACAUAUUGGAUCCUUAUUUGAGUAAGAAUAAAGGCAUUGCUAAAAUGAGAGGGUCAAAGGGUGGAGUUGCCCGAAGGUGUAGUAUUUGCAAAAAGAGAGGACACAACAAGUCUACAUGUUUACAAAGAAAGAAAAAGGGUCACAAGAAAUGGGGCUCUGACAACUCCGAACCAAAAGAAGAAGACGAAGAUCUAUAUGGAACAGAGGAUAUGGAUGAGUGGGAAAUGAAUACUAUGGAUUAUUCAGAAAGUGAAGACUUGAAUGCACCUACUGUAACGUCCCAAAUUUGCUAA